UGGAAAUCGAGACGUUGCCAGCUCGAACUUGAAUCAUCCUGGCCCACAACUGCCAUCUGGCUGUCCUUGUUACUAUCUCAGGCUCCUUCUUUGGAGCUCCAGUACUUGUUUCUGAAGUUACAAGUCGCGACUGGAAUUCAAACGAUCGGUCUUCGAGAGACCCGGAGCCUCUUUGGCGAAAGCUCCUCAGUUCAUGUCCAGACUCAGUGCGGUGACACAGGACGUACACUUUCUCUUUGGCGAGUCACAAAAGACUGGUAGUGGACGACAAGUUACGAUCCAUCUCAAUGACUGGUCGCCGGCGGACGAGAUCCAUGGAAUUGGGAAAACCUGACGCUCCCGACCAAGCUCCCGACCACGUUGGACCUGUACGCUUGCGCUUGGGUCGCAUUGGUGCAAAGCUGGACACAACUGCCGUAGGAGAGGCCGGAGCGCCGCCUAAAGCUCUGGACUAUGCCGGACGUCCGCGCCUUGAGCCAAUUCUUAAACCUGCACCACCCAUCACGGGUCUGCGUGAAUAUAUCGAUUGGUCCGGCCCUGGGCGUCCCCGCCUCCCUCCCAUUGGCAUGCCAGAUGUGGACCCAACAGCUGUCCGGCAGGUCAAAAAGUUGCCCGAACCUCGUGACUUUAGUGGACCCUCACGUCCCCGCCUUCCGCCCAUUCUUGGGCCGUCGUCGCCUCAACCGCAGCUGGAACCUCUCGAGGAGCCUCUGCUGCCCUUCUCAGACCGUCCUGUCUCUCAACCAGUCAACUCAGAGCCUCCCAUUCCCGGUGGAGUGCACCGCACCUCUUCAAAGAGGAAGAACGUUGGACACACUGUCCCCGAUGGAGAGUACCCUGUGCAGCCGAGUCUGAAGCGCCUCAAAUCGGAAUCUGAUGGCGCUGUUGCGCCAAUACAAAAUUCGUCGCGACACUCCAAAGAUGCAAUGUCUCGCUCUGUUGCUGGACCGCCAAUCACCUCAUCUGAAGUGCUGCCGCAGACUGCGUCUACGUCGAAAUCCAUCCUAGAGACUAUGUCCUCUUCACCUUCGUCUCCCCAAGACGUUCGCGCGCCGGGUAUAACGUCCAAUCCCUCAACCUCUCAAUCAACUAAAGAACAACGCCCAAAUGGUGACAACAAUGUGGCCACCCCGAGGCCGUCUACUGCAGUCUCUGGUAAUGUCGGCCCGGGUAUGGGCACAUCCGCGCCAUCCUCGCAAUCAGAGCAACUGGAGACCUUUGUCGCCGACACCUUCGUUUCCUCGUCAUCACGCGCGGCUGGUGGCGAGUCUUCGAUUCCAGUGGCUCCUUCAGACCCAUUAUCUGCCAUCCAUCAAAACGUAGAUCCUGACGUCAGGCGGUAUCUCGAAUCUCUGAGGCUGUCGCCAGAGGUGUAUGCCAGCAAGCUAGAGCGCAUCGGGUUGAAGAAUGGGGCCAUGAUCGACGCUACGCGAGACUUCAUCUCGGAGAGUCGCAAAGACAAGUUGGAAGAGGACCUUCAAAAGCUCGCAGGUUUGACCGUUAUUGAGUCCAUGGUACUGAUUUCAGGGUUGAGGCGGCCCAAUCCUUGAUGAACCUGUUUUUAAAUCGGUGCUGUUACUGUCCUACGAUGUGUUCACUUAUACGGUUAUACACGAUGUACAAUGAACGAUACCUCAAUGGCGACAAUAUUGUGGUGGCAACUACAU